AGGUAGUCGUAGUAGCUUUUUAUGAACAGCUGAGAUGGUAACCCUGGUAUAAUUUUAUGUGAGGUUCGCAAACAAAAUAGAAGAAAAAUAAAAUUAUCGGAUUAUUUUCGUGUAAAUCCAUUGUAAUUCGUAAUACCACUAAUCGUUGCUAAGAUUGCAUAGUCAAACUGGAUUGAAAGAUAAUGAUGGACUCUGACGCGUCCGGCGCAGACUUUUGCCGGUUUUGUAGAUCGGAGGCAUCCUCCGACCGCCCCCUGUUCCAUCCUUGCAUCUGUACGGGCUCCAUAAAAUGGAUCCAUCAGGAAUGUUUAGUGCAGUGGAUGAGAUACUCUCGAAAGGAGAUUUGCGAAUUGUGUGGUCACCGAUUCUCCUUUAUGCCAAUUUAUUCCCCUGAUAUGCCGAGAAGGCUGCCUAUUCGUGACGUAGUGGGAGGACUUGUGACUUCAGUGGCAUCAGCCGUGAAAGAUUGGCUUCAUUACACCUUAGUGGCUCUGGCUUGGCUAGGCAUUGUACCUCUGACAGCCUGUAGAACCUACCGUUGCUUGUUCUCAGGCUCGCUAGAUCCAGUCAUUUCCUUGCCUUUUGACAUUGUAUCUGCUGAGAAUCUGGCAAAAGAUGUUUUCUCAGGUUGUUUUGUUGUGACAUGUACUCUGUUCUCAUUUAUUGGACUGGUUUGGCUGAGAGAGCAAAUUAUGCAUGGAGGAGGACCAGACUGGAUGGAAAGAGAAGUAUUGCCAGCCCCAGCACAAGAUGAUAUACCAUUACCAGAUAACAAUAAUGAACAAGUGAAUGAGCAGGCUGAAGAUCUUGCAGGACGAGAAGAAGGAAAUGGUGACGGCGUCGAAGAUCCGUUGGUCGGAGAUGAAGCAAAUUGGAAUCCAAUGGAAUGGGACCGUGCAGCGGCUGAAGAGUUGACCUGGGCUCGGCUCUUGGGUUUGGAUGGGUCUAUGGUCUUUCUUGAGCAUGUUUUCUGGGUUGUGUCAUUGAAUACCCUAUUUAUAGUAGUCUUUGCAUUUUGCCCAUACCAUAUCGGAAGAAUAGGAGCAGCUGUGGCAGGUUUUAAUGCUGAAGGUCCAUUUGCCGGCCCACUGACAGCACUGGCAGGUUACUGUUUAGUGGGUGCCAUCCUUGUGGUGUUUCAUGCUAUUGCCGCACUGCUACGUUUGCGGAGUGCUAAGAAAGCGCUUGGAUUCUGCUAUGUGGUGGUGAAAGUAGCUCUGCUAUCUGUUGUUGAGAUUGGUGUGAUACCACUGGUCUGUGGAUGGUGGUUAGACCUCUGCUCCCUUUCAAUGUUCGAUGCUACCCUCAAAGACCGUGAAGCCAGCCUUCAAGCAGCCCCCUGGACACUCAUGUUUAUCCAUUGGUUGGUCGGAAUGGUCUAUGUGUACUACUUUGCAUCAUUUAUUUUGUUGCUAAGAGAAGUUCUGAGGCCAGGAGUGUUGUGGUUCUUGAAGAAUUUAAAUGAUCCAGAUUUCAGCCCAGUACAGGAAAUGAUUCACCUGUCGGUUUGGUCUCAUAUUCGCCGGUUGGUACUCUCAGCCAUGAUAUUUGGCACUGCCGUACUCUUCAUGCUGUGGCUCCCAAUCCGGGUGAUCAAGUAUGUCAUCCCAGGAUUCCUGCCGUAUGCUGUGGCCGUACAUACCGAGGCUCCGGUCAACGAACUCAGUCUAGAGUUAUUGCUGUUACAAGUGAUUCUGCCGGCGCUUCUAGAACAAUCGCACACUAGAACUUGGUUGAAAGCGGGGCUCCGCGCGUGGUGCGCUUUAGCGGCGGGGCUACUAGGGCUGCGGUCCUACCUCCUCGGCGAGUUGCGCUCGGAGUCGCCGCUUGCGCAGCAGCAGCCGCCGCCGCAUCAACUGGCGGCUGCGCAUCAGGCGCUGAUGCGUCGCGAUGGGCCAGCCGGGUUUGAGCCAUACGCACGAGUCUCGUGGUUCCCUCUACGACUUGCUGCUUUGUUGGUUCUCGUGUCUAUCUCGCUUGUUAUGGCGAGUGCUCUCACUCUGGUGAUCCCAGUGGCCAUCGGCAGAAAAGUAAUGGCUAUCUGGCUGCCGAAGGCGUCUGAAGGCGUCCACGAGCUAUAUACCGCGGCUUGUGGAAUGUACGUAUGCUGGGCCCUGGGCCGCGGCGGCACCCUGGCCGCGGGCUGGGCGGGCUACGGGCGCAGCGCGCUGCUGGGGCGCUGUGCGCUGUGGGCGCGGCUGGCGCUGCGGGCCGCGCUGGCGGCGCUGGCGCUGCUGGGGCUCGUGCCGCUGCUGUUCGGGCUGCUGCUGGAGCUGGUGCUAGUGAUCCCACUUAGGGUUCCGCUAGAGCAAUCCCCAGUUCUCUUCGUGUGGCAGGACUGGGCUCUAGGGGUUCUGUACACGAAGAUCGUGUGCGCGCUGACGAUGAUGGGCCCCGAUUGGAGCAUGCGACGUGCGAUUGAGAAGGCCUACCGAGAUGGCAUCAGGGAAAUGGAUCUCAAAUUCAUAUUGACGCAAGUGGCAGCCCCGAUCGUGUGCUGGCUAGGGCUGGCACUAGCGGUGCCGUACGCGUUCGCGCACAGCGUGGCACCCCUAGUUGUGACGUCGGCCGCUCAAAAGAACCUACUGGCCAGGAGAGUAUACCCAGCGUUGCUUCUCAUUGCUGUGUUGUGUGCCCUCACCGUGUUCCAGAUCCGGCAAUUCCGCAAGUUGUACGAACACAUCAAAAACGACAAGUACCUUGUCGGGCAGAGGCUAGUGAACUACGACCAUCGGCGACACAAACAGAACGCCGUCACAGCCAACUGAACGACUGAACGAGUGAACGAGAACGGUAAAGAUAGACCUGGGAAGCUGUGGGAGUGAGCGGGACGACCGUGUAGAUAGUUCUUAUUAACAGCUGAGCAGAGUGAGAUUUUUAUUUUAAUAUUAUUUGAAGGAAGAGAUGUCGUUUAAAAUGGCUAAUAUUCUGUUGUAAAUUGAUCGAAAACAUGGAAUUCAACUGAAAUUAUCUGUAUGUUCUUUGCGAUCAAUUGAUCGCAUUUUACUUUAGAUUUUUGUUGCCAGUAAAGUAAUCGAGUAUAAUAUAUUGCAGCUAUAGAUUUUAAUCUGAAUUAAAUGCAAAAACACUGAAAUUCAAUUUUAAUUUUAAGUUGGAUUUAAGAUUUGGUGUAUAUCUGUAUAUUUUUUUAUAAUUUUCACGCCUUGUGCACGUUUUGGCUUUAGUAUGACGCAGUUGUGACCAACAUCAAUAUCUUUGAAGUUUUUAAAUUGAAAAUCUCCAACGUAGAUUUAUUUGAUUUUAUGAGCGAGUUAAAACAGUUGGAUAUGUAAUGUAAUAAACUCAUUCGACGUCUCGAUAGAGUUAUCGUUUCUGUCAUGUGGUCUUAAGCGCACUAAUUUUUUUCUGUUUCACUUAUAUUUUGAUGAUUUAGAAAGAGAUGGGAGAUAUAGCCUGUGAGAGUUUGAUGUUGAGCUUAGUGUAAUGGGAAAAUGCAAUGCUGGCGUUUAAAAACAGAUCGGAUAAAAUGUGUCAAAGUAUAACCAGGGUGUGCGCUCUGAUCGCAGUGCGUUCGGGAACAUAUAAGGUGGAUACUUCAUAUUUAGGUGGUACUGUCUCGGAUAGACAGGGGCGCGGGUUCAUUUCCCGCUGGAUUUUUUCACUCAUUAUUAUUUUCAAAAACUGUAAGGUAACUGAAUACAGUUGUUAUAUUUUAUUGAUAUAUAAUUUUUAAAACCUCCAGUGAUAUUAAAUAGUUGUUAGCUUCAUUUUAUUUUAACGGUUAAACUCUCACAUGCUAUAAAGAUCUAUAGGAGCGAUCAAGAAUGUUUUAUGAAAACAUAAUAGUACAAUAGUACUUUUUAAUUUUCAAACUUAGACUUUAGAAAAAAGAUGCAUGCGGCACCGAGAAGUAACAAAGUGGAAACUUAAUGACUCAACAUUUUAAAACUGAAGUACACGUCUUUAAGUCGUAUUUGUCAAAUCGGCUUCCUUACCAUUCCUACCAUUUAUAUUUCCAAUAGGUAAAAUAUUUUACGUAUUAAGUGACCUUUUACUAUGCUUUUAAAAUUUCCCCAUAAUUCAGUAUAAAAUGUUUGUUGAAUUUGACUUAUUAUAUACUUUUGACUAUUGAUCCCAUACAUCAUCAUUGUGAAGUUAUCAUCGUAAUGAAAUUAUUUAAAAUGUGACGGAUAUGUGGAUCGUUGAUCGCGUAAAUUAAGACCAAACUCGAUAGAUAUUAUAUAUAUGUAUGUAUUUUUAUUAUAAAAAUGUUAAAAGACAACAAAAAGUGAGAAUCGGGCCUUUUCUUUUGGAUCGGACUUGUUUGAUUUAAAUAAGCCACAUGUCAUUUAAAAUAUUAUUUAAGUCCAAUUUAGCAGUGACGUUAGUGCAUUUUGUAUUAAAAUACGUAUAUUAUGUAAUGUAUAAAUUCAUUUACGAGUAACAUAUUUUGGAUGAGAUCUUUAAUUAUUGUGACUCAACAAAAUUAGUACGUGUUUCUUUGUAAAUAUUUGCCGUUGUAAUCAGUAAAACUCUUCGUCCUUCCAAGACUUUGAUUUUGAAUAGCUUUUUGUGUUCUAGUGAAGUAUAUUACACGCAAAUGACUAUGUAUCAUUAACGCACGACUUUGAUUAUAUAUAUUUUAUGUCUAUUUAACCUUCCCAAGUGAAUACGGAAAUAAUUGGAAAAUAAAUAUUUUGUCAUUGUUUUUAAUAUUUAUUUACAGGUUCGAUUAAUUUCGACGUAUACGACAACAGCAGCGUGUUUUUUUUGAAGCUGUGUGAAUAAAAUGCAAUGUUAAUUUAAUAUGGCAAAGUUUUUCCUUUGAAAAUUAUGAAGUUAGUGAAAUGAAAGCAUAAAUUUAAUGCUACUUAUAUGUUCUCAAUGUCUUCCUAUUUGUUAUUACUGUCUGUGAUGUCUAAUAGUUGUUCCCGAUUUCGUAUUCACUUGAGUCGGCUGCUAUCUGUAACAUUCUUGUGAAUUAUUAAGCUGUAUCAAUAUAUCGAUACCACGGAUUUAACUUCCACGGUGCAGGCUUGUUUGUGGGUAAAUGAUGUCACAUCGCAUAGAAUGAACUUUGCUUGCCAAACUUCUUUCAUAAAAGACUUAGUAACACUAAUACAAUUUGUCAAUGGCAAUUUAUUUUAUUAAAAUUACAAUGUGGACACGAAAAUUGUUAAUCGAUAUAAUUCCUUCAUCUGACCAGAAUACAAAAUCGAAAACGUUUUGAAAAGUUGAUACAAAAACGUAACGCUGCACUGUAAUUGCCGUUGAUAAAUUUACCUAAUUUUAAGUGUUUAAUGUAUAAACUAAAAUAACAUUACUUUUCGUUCAAUCCUUUGAAUUGAAAGUUUAUUAAUAGAAGUGAUAAAUUAGUUUCAUAGGAAUGAAUGGCGAAGUUACAGUAAUUUUCUUAUGAACCAUCGUUAUAAGAUAGCUGGUCUGUCUAAAAUAUCUUAUACUAUGCAAUUGGUGCGGUAAACAAUAUUUGUUUAAUUCAUUUAGACUUGUUAAAUAGUUUUAUAUGUUUUAUUUAUUAAUGUACACUGCUCAAUGUUUUAUUAAUUUUGAUUUCUCUUACCUAUUACAAAGAAGUCUUUGCUUGGUAUAUUGUUUGUCUAUUCUCAUAUUGAACAUUUUCAUUUUGGCUUUCACUAUUAUUUACAUUAUUGUUAUUUACCAAAGUUAUGUAAAUUCUAAUAAAGAUUUCAGCUGUUGGUACUAUACUAAAAUCUGCCCGUCCUCAGUUUAAAAUUAAAAAUAAUGGCGGUCGAUUACAAUGUUGGAAUAUUCGUUUCCAUAUUUUAUAUUGAAAUAGAUUAGGAUAUAUUUUUUGGAACAUAAGUACAUGUAUUACAUAUACUUUAUACAUUUAUGAUAUAUUACUGCAGGUACAAUUUUUCCAUAUUUUAAAAAAUAAAAUGUCUUAAUUACGACGCGCCCUGCUACUGCAAUACCGAUAUUAAAAAAUUAAUUGUGCGUAAUAGUUUUAAUAGGGCGCGACAUGUCAACAUAGACACACAAUAUCGAGCAAUGAUUUCUCGUGUUUUGUCUUUUUCCUAAAAUUUAAUGGAUGUAAGUACCUAUCCGUUUUCUUCACAACCAUUAUGUUUCAAGACUUGAAAUCUUGAAUCAACAUGUAAUUUUAUAGUGAACAAAUGGACAGUUAGUUGACUCUUAGAGGCAAGGUAUCAAGCAAUUUGUAAACAAAUAAAUUAAUUAUUGAAACA